AAGAUCAUCAACAUGUCUGCCUCGUGGUCUAAGGGCUCCAAAGACAGCAUCACUGCCGAGAGUAUCGCAAUCCAUCUAAACUCCGAACCCAAUCUUCCAGGAGCCGAAGAUCUCGACGUAGAUCUCGUCAUCAAGUGGCUACUCGCCCUCAAUCUCAGCCUUCGUACAAAAGAGAUCAAGCGUCUGGCUCCCAAAGUCCUCGAAGAACUCCGUGCUAUGGACGGCAUUGCCGUCGAGGAGGCUGUCAGACACCAGCAAUGCUACCCCAUCAAGCGUGACGUCCCUAUCCUGGUGUAUACCUGGAGUGGUAACGGAGAGGCUCAGGAAGUCAAGAGAGAGACAUCCUCCCCUAAGCAGCAGCGCAGUGCAUCUGAAGUUGUCAGCAGGAAGAAACCCAAGAAGCAUGGCAUCGACGCCGACAAGCAAGCACCUCUGAACACGGAAGACAACGACGAGGCCGGCGGCGUCAAGCUCGAAGACACUUCGGCCAAGGAAGACGCAAACCAGACUGCUGCUGAGGCAGCUGGUACAGCAGCCACAAAGAAGAAGGCAAUGAGGGCGGCCAGAAGAGCCAGAAAGCUUGCAAAAGCUCUCGAGGAGGCAAAGCCACCUGUUGGAAAGAAGGAAGAGGACAACGACAGCGAUAGCGGAAACGAAUCUGACUGGACUCAGACCAGCUGGUCUCCCUCCUGGGCUACCGGCUCGGAGGAAGAGGACUAA